AUGAUACGCAAAUUUUUUUUUUUCCCUUUACCCUGGGGGAACGGUGACAGAAUAAAGGGGACGGGGUCAGCCAUUUUACGAUGCGGGGUCACGCGAAACUCACGUGCGAAAACACAAAUUACCAAGCAUGUGAUCGACGCUCACUACACACGCACCCACCCAUACACACUUCUCGUGUCAAGCGACAUUCGAAUUUGGUCACAUGAUCGCGUCGGAUGUAUGCCGUUAUACGAGUAUCGCAUCGUAAUGUCACGUGUCGACGCCACACAUCAUUCACAACGUAGUCCCUUCUCAUCUGGGCCCCUUCCCCUUUCCCUUUCCCCCUUAACUGGGACUGCCGCUGUCGCCGCAGCAGCAGCCCCACGCCGAGCCGCUCGUUCGGAGCGACAACAUCUCGUACCGGCGCGGCGCAACGUGCGACGCCCAGAAAAUGCCGCAGUGCGGGCGGUCGAUGGGCAUCACGUGCCCGAGCAUGCCCCUCGCACCCAUACACACCGUCCAACAAUUUCAGGCUCAGCUGCACCUGCAAAGCUUUGA